AUGGAAUCGUUUGAAUUUGUUAUGUUAAUGACCAUUUGGGAAAAUAUUUUAAAAUCUUUAUCAAUUGUAUCAAAGGUAUUACAAUCACCACAAACCAAUCUUCACAAGGCAUGUGAUUUAUUGCAAGGAACAAUUUUGUCAAUUGAAAAAAUGAGAGAUGGUUAUGAUGAACUUGUUGUAUCAGCAACUGGAUUAUGCCAUACAUGGGAUAUAUCUAUAACUAAACCUACAACUCGUAGAAUAUAUUCAAAACAAUACUGUGGAGAAAUUCAAGGUGAUAGACGACUAGAUGUGCCUGAAGAAGAAUUUUGUAUAGCAAUUUUUUAUCCUCUCAUUGAUACAGCUUUAUUUCAGUUACGAGAUCGAUUUAAAGGACUUCAUUCUGUUUCGAGAAAUUUUGAAUUUUUACUUCCACAAAAUAUAGUUACCAUGAAAGAUGAAAUUCUCACUGCUUGUAUUAUAUAUUUAAAUCUCCCAAUUACUGUCGCUGCGGCCGAAAGGUCAUUUUCCAAAUUAAAACUGCUGAAAAACUAUCUUCAAAAUUCAAUUUCACAAGAGAGAUUAACUGGCAUAAGUAUACUUAAUAUUGAAAAACUAAGGACAAAAGAACUUGAUAUUGAAAAAUUGAUAAAUGACUUUGCAAAUAUGAAGUCUAGAAAGAAAAACUUUUUAAAAUAA